UUCCGCGUCCCCGCAGGCCGCAGCCAACAACGAAAGCAAGCGGAGAAAAUGCAUGCGACAGCUACCCUUCCCCAGUCACGCGGCGGCGGAGGCGGCGCCCGCGCGGUUUCCGCCUCGCCUCCGCUCCGCUCCUUUCCUUCCUCCACAGCAACAACGCGUCUUCCCUUCCCUUCCCUUCCAUUCUCUUCUCUUCCCACCCAACGACCCAUCCCAAGUACCCAACCAUGAGCCGUCCUCCCUCGUCCGGCGCCCGACCAAGUAAACAACCAACCCCCAACCCGGCCAGGUCAAACGCACGCCACGCGACGCGACGCAGCCCAGCUCAACGAUAAGCUCAACCCAUCGAUUCCGCUAAGUCAAUCCUACCGCCUCGCCUCAUCUCCGUCACUUUCCAUUUCGCCGCAGCGAUGGCUCCGGCUCCGUCUCCGACUCCUCUCCCCCUAUUCCUCCUCCUCCUCCUCCUCGUCGGCGUCGCCCCGCUCGCCGCGGCGCAGGGGCAGAACAUCCAGACGAGGUUCCCGUCCACCCGGACGCCGGCCUUCGCCACGCCGCCGCCGAUCACCUCGCCGUCUCCGUCCCCCGGCACGCCUACGGCCACCCCGUCGUCGUCGCCGCCGUCGUCGUCGGGGAAGCGGAGCGACAUCGCCGUGGCCGUGGUGAGCACGGCGCUGAGCAGCUUCGCGGUGUCGGGCCUCGCCUUCUUCCUGUUCCUCCGGCACGGGAAGAAGAGGGAGCUCACCGAAGCGGGCGGGGCCGGGCAGCAUUAUGGUGGAGCGCAGGGCGGCGCGCUCACCGGGAAGCGGCCGGAGAGGGAGCCGAAGCGGCCGGCGCGGGGCAACAUGGUGGACGAGAACGGCCUCGACGCGAUAUACUGGCGGGAGUUCGAGAAGGAGGGCGACGGCGGGAGGGGGAGGAAGCCCCCGGCGAGCCGGCGUCCACCGCAGCCGCCGCCGCCCCGGCCGUACCGCGCGGAGAGGAGGCAGGAUGCCCACGAGUCGUCGGCUCCGUCGCCGCCGCGGUCGAGGAAGAACAGGAUAGAUCAGGAGCCGCUCAUACCGAGGGGCUCCCUCGACUCCGCGUCCGCUGAGUUUGACGAGUCGCUGUACGCGCCCAGCGCCGGCUCCACCUCGUCCUUCUCUGUGGCCGCCGCCGAGGCGUACGCGCGGCCACCGUCGACGCCGGCGAUCACCGCCGUCAGCUCGGUACCCCGCUCGUCCCCAUCUCCGGCACCAGCCCCUGCCGCCCGACCAGCCUCACCAUCUCCAUCGCUGCCACUGCCGCCUGGAAGGGAAAGCCCAUCACGACCGCAAUCUAUCGCCGCCGCCGCCGUCGCGUCACCCGCGCCGCCGCCACCGCCACCGCCCAAACCAGCAGCCGCGGCGCCACCCCCACCGCCGCCGCCUAAAGCCGCACCUCCGCCACCACCUCCCAAAGGCCCGCCUCCGCCGCCACCUGCCAAAGGCCCACCUCCGCCGCCACCGCCCAAAGGCCCGUCCCCGCCGCCGCCGCCUCCUCCGGGAGGAAAGAAAGGUGGGCCGCCUCCACCGCCGCCGAAGGGAGGCGCGUCGAGGCCGCCGGCGGCGCCGGGCGUCCCAACCGGUUCCGCGGAUCAGCAGGCGAAGCUGAAGCCGCUGCAUUGGGACAAGGUCAAUGUGGCGGCCACCGAUCACUCCAUGGUGUGGGACAAUAUCACCGGCGGCUCAUUCAACUUGGAUGAAGGCAUCAUCGAGGCACUGUUUGGCACCGCCGCGGUAAACCGCAAGACAAAGCCUGCAGACUCCAAGGAUGCCUCUGGUGGCAGCACCUCAGCUGGCCUCGGACGCUCGAACUCGCCAGAGCAAAUAUUCUUGCUUGAGCCACGCAAGUCGCACAACAUUUCCAUCAUCCUCCGGUCCCUCACCGUGGGGCGAGAGGAAAUCAUUGACGCCCUCCUAAACGGCCAUACCGAGCUCAGCACGGAGGUCCUUGAGAAGCUGUCUCGGCUCAACAUCUCCAAGGAAGAGGAGAACACACUUCUGAAGUUCUCUGGGAACCCUGACAGGCUUGCUCCAGCGGAGUUCUUCCUACUCCGGCUCCUCCUUGAUGUGCCCAGCCCAUUUGCACGCGUCAAUGCACUGCUUUUCAAGGCAAACUAUGCUGCUGAGGUUGCACAGCUCAAGCAGUCACUCCGGACUCUUGAGAUGGCAAGCCAGGAGCUGAGGACAAAGGGGCUGUUCUUCAAACUGCUCGAGGCUGUGCUCAAGGCAGGCAAUCGGAUGAAUGCUGGGACAGCACGCGGUAAUGCACAGGCCUUCAACCUUACUGCACUCCGCAAGCUUUCUGAUGUGAAGAGCACAGACGGGAGCACCACCUUGCUCCACUUUGUCAUUGAGGAGGUUGUGCGUUCAGAGGGGAAGCGUCUAGCCAUCAACCGCAACUACAGUCUUCGACGCUCUGGCAGCCUUGCCAAGAGCACCGAUGGUGGCAACCCAGCAGCAAGCUCCACAAGUCAGGGUCCAUCACGGGAGGAGAGGCAAAAUGAAUACCUGAACCUCGGGCUACCGAUUGUUGGAGGUCUCAGCACUGAGUUUGCCAAUGUGAAGAAGGCGGCACUGGUGGACUAUGACACUGUUGUCAACGAGUGCGCAAUUCUGGGCAACCGGCUGGCAGGUACCAAGAAGCUCUUGGAGACCUAUGGGGACGAUGGAUUCGCAAGAGGGUUGCGAGGAUUUGUGAAGGCUGCAGAACAAGAACUGAAUGAACUAAAAGGAAACCAGGAGAAAGUGCUUGAACUGGUGCAGCGGACAACGGAGUAUUACCAUACUGGUGCCACCAAGGACAAGAAUGCACAUCCCCUCCAGCUGUUCAUCAUAGUUAGGGACUUCCUGGGGAUGGUUGAUCAGGCAUGUGUAGACAUCAAGAGGAAAUUGCAGCAGCAAAAGAAGCCAACACCACCACCGUCAUCAUCACAACCGGCGGCCCCAGCGGCCACAACCAAGGGGGCAGCUGAUGACGCACCAGCACCGGCUCAGAAACCACCGGAAGAGGUAGAUAGCAAAAGGAAGAGGGUCAUGCCAAGAUUCCCCAACUUGCCGGCACAUUUUAUGAAGGACAAUGCAGACUCUGAUUCAAGUAGUGACGAGGAAUAGAAUGAAUGGAGACGUGUAACUGUAAAUGAUGAUUGUUUGCAUUGGUUGUUUUUUGGAGGUAUAGGUUAGAAGCAGACUGUACAUAAUACAUUAUUUGUGUUGGUUAUUUUCUCCAUUGCUUCAUAUAAGUAGUAUAAGAACGUGGAUAGAUUUUUGUUUAGAAACUUGUACAAAAUUUGAUACAAGGAUAUCAAGAAUCGCUUGGAAAA